UAUAUAUAUAUAUAUAUAUAUAUAUAUAUAUAGCUAUAUAUAGCCGAUGUGCCGGCAACCGACAGUGCGAUAGCGUGAGUUCGACGUGGAUGUACGUGGCACGUGAAAGCAAGUGCAUCUAUUAAAGCAGGGAUCUGUGCCAAAAUAACACGUGGCAAUAACGAUUGGUAAUAUUGAAAAAUCAACGGUUAUCAAGGAAAAAAAAAAUGUGUGGUAUUUGGGCAUUGUUUGGUUUGGAGACCCAGCCCUUGGUCUGCAUCUGCGAAAAUUUCGACAAGAUAUCACAUCGUGGCCCGGAAGCUUUCAAAAUCGAAUUUGAUAACAGAGUCAAGAAUGGAUAUUUGGGAUUUCACAGAUUAGCCAUUAUUGAUAGCCUGUAUGGAAUGCAACCAAUGAGGAUACACAAAUACCCAAAUAUUUUCCUCUUGUGCAAUGGAGAGAUUUAUAACUGUGAUAGACUACAGAAACAAUAUCAUUUUGAAUAUGAAACUAAAUGUGAUGUGGAAGUGAUUACGCAUUUAUAUGCAAGCACUGGUGCCGACAAUGUUGCUCGAUCUCUGGAUGGCGUAUUUGCAUUUUGUUUAAUGGAUGUCAUCAAAAGGAGAAUUCUAAUAGCCAGAGAUCCAUAUGGUGUAAGACCAUUAUUUAGAUUACGAUCAGAUGAUGGGCAAUUAGCCAUUUCUUCGGAGAGUAAGGGUUUGAUGGAAAUUACAAAACGUGUAAAUAGCAAAUGGACACUAGAACCAUUUCCUCCAGGCCAUUAUGAGGAAUAUGAAAUUUUAUCUGAUGGUCGAACAAAGGUUUUGUCUAGUAUCAAUUAUUAUAAACCUGGUGACAAACCUUCUUUCCAUAUGUAUGUUCCUUGGCCUACCUUGAGUCCAAAAGAUAUCCACGGCAAUGUUCGAAAGCUACUUUCAGCAGCAGUGGAAAAACGAUUAAUGGCCGACAGACGGAUAGGAUGUCUACUAUCAGGUGGAUUAGAUUCUAGCUUGGUUGCAGCUCUAUUAGUGAAACAGGCAAAAGAACAUAAUUUACCAUACAAAAUUCAAAGUUUUGCAAUAGGUAUGGGUGACAGUCCAGAUAUUAUUGCUGCAAGACAGGUUGCAGAUUACAUUGGAAGUGAACAUCAUGAAAUUAUCUUUACAGAAAAAGAUGUAAUUGAUGUAUUAAAUAAAGUUAUUUAUUCACUAGAAACAUAUGAUAUUACGACCAUUCGAGCUUCGAUAGGAAUGUAUCUUAUUUCGCGGUACAUAAAACAAAAUACAGAGACAACUGUGAUCUUCAGUGGAGAGGGUGCUGAUGAACUGGCACAGGGUUAUAUUUAUUUCAGAGAUGCUCCUAAUGCAGCAGAUGCUCAUAAUGAAUCUCUAAGAUUAUUGAAGGACAUAUAUUUAUAUGACGGUUUAAGAGCUGAUCGCACGACAAGUGCAUUCAGUUUGGAGCUGAGAGUACCAUUUUUGGAUCUUCAAUUCACGUCAUAUUAUUUGUCCUUGGAUCCAAAUACACGACAACCUCAAGAUGGAAUCGAGAAGCAUUUAUUAAGAUCUGCUUUUGAUGGAACUAGUUUAUUACCUUCACACAUAUUAUGGAGGCAUAAAGAAGCUUUCAGUGACGGAGUUGCGUCUAUCAAGAAAUCACUUUUUCAAGUGAUACAAGAAAUAAUAGAAAAUCGUGUUCAUGACGAAGAUUUGAAUGCAGCUUACACUAAAUAUCCUCAUUGCACACCAAGAACAAAAGAAGCACUCUAUUACAGAAAUAUCUUCGAGUCGCAUUAUAAAGGACAAGCGGAAAGUUUUACACCUUAUUUUUGGAUGCCACGUUGGGUAAAAAAUGUUACGGACCCAUCUGCUAGAUUCAUCAAACAUUAUGCUGCAAAUGCCGACGAAAAAGAUCGACUGAAAACAAUAUAAAAAAUAGGAUAAAUAUCUCAUAAAAAAUAAAUAUAUUAUAUAAACAUAUGUGCGUGCGUGUACGUUCUGGUUACUUUUGCAUGAAACUCAAAAAUAUUAAGAUAUUUUUAUUAUAGAUUUUUAAAGAAAUGUCCAAUGCAAUGUUUGUGCAUAUUUUCUAAUAUAUAUAUAUAUAU